CUAUUUUUUUUUACUUUUCUAAUGCAAUAUAAUAGAAAAAUAUGUUUAAAUAAGUCAACAAUAAGAAUAGAAAAAUGACAACUUAUUGGAAGUCGCAGGAUCGCAAAUAUUGCGAAUUUUGCAAGUGCUGGUUUGCAGAUAACAAAGUGUCAAUAUCCUUUCAUGAGAAUGGUAAGAAGCACAAAGAAAAUGUUAAAAAACAUAUUUCACAAGUCACGAAGAAAAGUGCAAAGGACUUUAAACAGAAAGAAAAAAUUGAUAAUGAUAUAAAGAAGAUGGAAGCGGCAGCCAUGGCUGCAUAUUUAAAGGAUGUACAGAACAAUGCUGAUCUAACAUCUCAGAGUAUCAAUGAGAUGUUAGCAGAGAGUGGCAGUACUAGCAAAGAUAUAACUGUGUCUAGAAAAAGUAAUGAGGAGAAAGCAGAAGAAAUCAUCAUCUGGAAUGAACUAAAAAGUGAAGAUGGAAACUCAUACUAUUGGAACACCUUAACAAAUGAAACCUCUUGGGAGGUUCCUGAAAAGUACCUGAGCAUAGCACAGCAGCAGGAAAAAAAGCAAUUAAAAAAGGAGGAAGAAAAGAAAAAGAAAUCUUUGAAGAAACAAAAGGAUAUAGAAGCCAUGGAGGAAGCAAAUGCCCACAUAGCUAGAGAGAAAAUGAGGGAGCUUGCUGUGAAAAAGGAGGAACCCGCACCUAAACCAGCUUUCUUUGGUCCAGCAACAUGCAGCAACCCAUAUGGUUCAUGGAAACCUGUUGUCAAUGAAACAGCAGAGAAAAUCGACUUACAACUGCCCAAGCCAGACAAAGCGCCUCUGCCUCCACCCGUCGUUAUGGAACCAGAGAGAAUAGAGUUUAAGGAGAAACGCGUCGACUCGCUAGGCGAGGGACCCGUCGAGUUCAAGAAACGGAAAUUCAAUCAGAUCCUCCUGGUCGUCGCUGCUCUCCUGGUGGUUUCCCCGGCUGUGGGCAAACCGCAGGUGCUAGUGGACACCUACGGCUACUACUCGGCGCCCGCCUACGUCGCCACCUACGGCACACCCCUGGCCUACACCUACCCCUACGCGUACGCCUACGCGUACCCUUGGGGUUAUUAUUAGGGUCUUACGAAACGUUUUAUUAAACUAGUUUUUAAUAAUAGGGAAAACGUGUAACCUUCUCGUGUUAGUAGGUGUAUGGGACAAAAUGUUAAGGUGUUGUCACUUGUACUUACGUGUGAUUAGCUAUGAUAAAUUAUAAUAAAUAUUCGAAAUAAA